AAUUGAAACCAAACCUAAGCUCCCUUUUUCUCCACUCUAAAGGUAGCCUUGAUUAUUGCUAACUUAAGCAUCGGAGUGUCUACCCCGAGUUCCACCUCGGGGCUUUGCAGGUCAAUCUGGAGUGCAGACGCGGAUUGAAGAAGGAUUUCUGGUUUGGUGCAAUUACAUUUGGCGCUGUCUGUGGGAAACUGAACUGAAAGCUCCCUUAUUGCUCUCAUCAUGGUUAACACUGGAUCAAUUCGAGCUGGAAACUCAUCUCAGCCUCUUGGACAAGGUCAGGUCCCCAGUAACCUCCCACCUCCGAUCCCAAAUAUAUUCCCUCCUGUAGAUCAUGCAGAAGGAGGAGAUGAAAAUCAACCACACAAUUCAGCUCACAACUCAGCUUCCACCACCAACCAAGACGUAGUUACAGCUCAGCUUGCUGCCAUGCAACAACAGUUUGGUGUUUUUCAGCUAGGUCAAUCUCACAUAACACCAGCUCAGCAACCCCUUCCUAAUGAUGUCACUCGACGUCUAGAUAGCUUAGAAAAGCUAGUAGCUGAACAGCGAGGUGCCCCACCUCCACAUCAUGUUGUUGACUCCAUACCCCACCCUCUGAACACCAACAUCACAUUGGAACCCUACCCUGCUGGCUUUAGAAUACCUCAGCUUGAGACUUAUGAUGGGACGAAGGAUCCCGAUGAUCACCCGCAUGCUUUCUACUUUUGCAUGCAAGCCCAGAACGCCUCUGAUGCGUUGAUGUGAAAAAUCUUUCCCUCUACUUUUCGAGGUAAUGCUUGAACCUGGUCUUACAGCCUACCUCCGAGGUCAAUCAGCUCUU